AUGUUUGACUGCCAUAUUAAUGUUGAGAUAUGUUCUACAAUAAAAGCUGUCAAGUAUCUCUACAAAUACAUUUAUAAAGGUCAUGAUCGUGUUGCCUUUAAUCUGGUUUCUGAACAAAGCACUCAACAGAUUGAUGAAAUUGAGCGAUUUCAAUCAGCUCGAUGGAUUGCUCCACCAGAGGCUGUAUGGAGAAUAUUUGGGUUUAUUAUCAAUGAGGUUCAUCCAGCAGUCUAUAGCUUACAUUUACAUCUUGAAAAUCAACACCAGGUUACUUUCCGUGUAUAUGAAAACUUAACAAAUGUGAUGAACUCUGACUUUUCAGCAAAAUCAAUGCUAACUGAAUUUUUCGCAACAAAUCAAGUUGAUCAGAAUACCAGAAAAUUGUUGUAUAAAGAAUUUCCUGAAUUUUAUGUUUGGAGCCAACAAUACAAAAUGUGGACUAUUCGGAAAAAACAAGUUGUGAUAGGUCGAAUUGUUACAGCAAAUCCUUUUGAAGGAGAAAGGUAUUAUCUGCGGAUGUUAUUAAAUCAUAUAAGAGGUCCUUUAUCAUUUGAUUAUCUCAAAACUGUAAAUGGUAUCUUGGCCCCCACAUUUCGUGAAGCUGCAACUAUGUAUGGUUUAUUACAGAGAGAUGACAGUUUAGAAGAAUGCUUAUAUGAAGCAUCUCUUUACCAAAUGCCUUUCAGUUUAAGAAGACUAUUUGCAACAAUUUUGGUUUACUGUAAUCCUACAAAUCCAAGAGAUCUUUGGGAGCGCUUUGAACAAGAUAUGUCUGCUGAUUUUCAAUUAGUUGAAAGUUCUUCAUCAACUGUUAAAACUGAAACUUUACGCUCCAUCUCCACAAUAUUUGAAUCAAUGGGUAGAAACAUCAAUUCGUUCCAUCUCAUCGACCAAAACAUUGAUUUUGAUCAAGAUGAGUUUUUGUUUAGAGAAAUUGAUGAUGAAUUAGCUGUUCCAAUUCCAGAAGAAGAUCUUCAUGCAUCAACACUGCUUAAUUGUGAACAACAAAAUGCUUAUAAUUCUAUCUUACAAAAAGUUUUGUCAAAUGAAGCUGCCAUAUUCUUUAUUGUUGGUCCUGGUGGAACAGGAAAAACAUUUUUAUACAAAGCACUCCUUGCUACAAUAAGAACAAAGCAAUUAAUUGCUCUUGCAACUGCUUCAUCUGGUGUAGCUGCAUCAAUCUUACCUGGAGGUCGAACUGCACAUUCACGAUUCAAAAUUCCACUAGAUACCAACAAAAAUCUCACAUGUAGUGUCAGCAAACAAAGUGGACUUGCAAGAUUACUACAAAAAGUAAAGUUGAUCAUAUGGGAUGAAGCUCCUAUGUCAAGAAAAGAAUCUAUAGAAGCAUUGGAUAAAAUGCUAAAGGACAUUAAUGAUUCAGAAUUAUCUUUUGGUGGAAAAGUUAUUGUAUUUGGUGGAGAUUUUCGUCAGAUUCUACCUGUGGUCCCAAAAGGAACAAGACAACAAUAG